AGAAUGUUCCGUAUACACAAUGACUCAUUCAUUUUUGUUAAAGUAGUAAAAGAUGUUUUCUUUUCAUGUUUGUAUGCGUUUAAUUUAAAAGAAUGAAACCGUACAUGAUUAUAUAUAAUACAAAAGAGAUGUAUUAUAUAUAAUAAGAAAUAAAAACGAUUAAUAUGACCUUCAAUAGCCGUGAUCGUCUAGUGGUUAGGACCCUACGUUGUGGCCGUAGUAACCCAGGUUCGAAUCCUGGUCACGGCAAUGCGAAAAGCAUUGUCACGGGCAAGACCUAUAAGUGCGGUAUUAUUUGUGCUAAAUGUAAUAAAAUGCAACUAUUUGAUCCAGUAAAAGGUCCUGACUUAUACAAUUAUCAUAGAGUACGAGCUGAAAGAGGAAUAAAAGCAUCUAACAUCGACUCUAAGUUGGUUGAGAAAAGUCGAGUUCCACGUGGGACAGAAUCUAAACACCUUAGAUUAGGAGAUGCCCAUCAAAUUGCAAAUUACUUCCUCACUGGAGGACCAUUGAAAGGUCAUGCUCACUUUACAAGAUCAUCAGACUGUGAUUCAAAUAAUACUGAAACCAAUAUAGUUGGAAUGAGUAACCCAAUAAGUGAAAAUUCAAAUUCAACUGUAAAUGAAGAAAAUCCAAGUACAAAUGGGUCUGACCCUAUUACUGGAGCUGUGCAUGUACCAGCAUUACCAAUACACAAACCAAUAGUUCAACCACCAAAUUUGUAUAAACCUCCUGCAUUGCCACCUUUGCAUGCGUUACCACUUAUCCCACAUAUACCACAUCAUAGUUUCCUAGGUUCUAUUUUACAUCCCCGAUUUCAUCCACACAUUAAUACUUUACACAACAUUCCUAGUGCUUUAGUAAAAGCAGCUAGUAUGCCAGUACAUGGUUUACUACAGGCGCAAUCACAUCUACAUGACAUUUUAAAACCCCAAGGACUAACUGGAGGUUCUCCCCUUCUUGGAAGUACUAAUAAAAUGUCAAAACGUGCUAAAGCUAGAAAAAAUUCUGGAAAUAAUUUGACGUAUUUAAUGGGACAAGAUUCACCUAUUGUAGGAGCAUCCCGAAACGGUUUCAAUAAAAUUCACCGGUCAAAUACACCACUCUCUCAGCCUACCCAUCCUCAACCCACUGGAUACAUUGUACGAUAUGUACCCCACAAUAAGGAAUCAGAGCCAUCAUCUCCUAUCGUUGGUGCAACUCAAAAAGAAUCUGCUGACAAUGUAGACAAUAAUUCAGAUGCAGGAAAAAAUGUGACAGAUUGUGUUAAUGACAAAGAUCAAGAUGUAAAUUAAGAUCAAUAUUGAUUGAAUUAAAAUGAUUAAUUGACAAAAACAGAACUAUGAAAUUUGAGAUGUGACAGAAGUGGAAGUACAAUAUAAUUCA